GUACAAAGCGGGCUGUGAGUCAUGGUAGCAGAGCCCCUGACUCAAUGCUGCUUUGGUUAAUCAGUAACCAGAGUGAGAGCACUGCGGCUGACUGGCUGGGUUAAAGUAAGGGAGCAGAGAAGUCAGGACCUCACUUAGAACCUCACUCAGCAGCAGAAGACACACACGAAGACAUCGUUUUAAGGUGACUACCAGCAAAAGGUAAAAUGCAGAUUCCGCAGUCACCUCUUCUAGCCCUCCUACUCUGCUGCUACCUCUCAGGAAGCCAAGCGAACCGCGUCUAUGUUCAUCCCUUCCACCUCUUUGCCGCCGAGAAUGUUAGCUAUGAGACCCUGGAGGGCCAGACGUCCAAGUCUCUGAACGCACUUCCUGUGGCCCCUCUUGAUAUUAAAGUCUUGACACCAGACAGCAGGGACACGUCGGAACUGGAUGCACAGAGGCAGAACAUCACAGAGAGGACAGCGGUUCUGGCAGGGCUGUUGAACUCUCUGGGCCUGAGGAUGUACCAGGAUCUCAGCAGCAAGCAACACAGGGGCAACAUCCUCUUCUCUCCGUACAACACCUUCGGAUCCCUCGUAACCUUCUACCUGGGAGCCUCCAAGAAGACAGCGUGCUCGUUCCAGUCUCUACUGGGCCUGAGCAGUGCCAAUGACGGAGAGGACUGUGUCUAUUUCGUGGACGGACACAAGGUUCUCAAGACCCUGCAGAGCAUUAACUCUCUGGUGGACGAUGGACCAAAAGAUGAAAUCACUACCCAGGUGUGGACCUUCACUCGCCAGGAUGCUCAACUAGCCCAGGACUUUAUUCAAGGCACACAGGAGCUCUCAGACACGUCGUUCAUCCGUGGCGUGGACUUCUCCAAUCCUCAGGAGGCUGAGCAGCUGGUAAACAGCUUUGUGGACAAGACCUCAGAAGGGAAGGUGAAGAGCAUCUUCAGAGAUCUGAAUUCCAGCAGCAACCUUCUGUUUCUUAGUCUCUUCAACUUCCAAGGCAAGUGGAGGACAGCCUUCCAAGCAGAGAGGACGCUGCAGGAGUUUCAUGUGGAUGAAAGAACCACAGCGAUGGUUCCACGGAUGACCCUCACGGGUCAGUACCACUACCUGGAUGAUAAGGUACGGCGGUGCAUAGUUGUGAAGCUGUCUUUGAGCAAACGGUCCUACAUGUUGCUAGUCUUGCCUCAAGAAGGAGUCAACAUCCAAGACAUAGAGUCUAAGCUGAACCCUGAUGUCAUAUCUGACUGGCUGCAGAACCUCCAGGAAGUUCUGUUGGAGCUGUCCCUCCCAAAGUUCUCCAUGUCUUCCGAGAUGGAUCUGAACACCCUGCUGACCAACAUGGGUCCAGUAGUUGAGAGCAAACUGUUGGGCUCCCAGGCUGAGUUCAGCCAACUCAGCAACACCCAACCCUUCACUAUAGAUAAGGUGGUCAGCAAGGUGAGGUUUGACAUGUCAGAAGAAGAAGAAGAAGCAGAGCAGCAGGACAACACCCAGGAAGCUGGCAUCCCUCUGAAACUGUCCAUCAACCGGCCGUUCUUAUUCUCUGUCAUAGAGGGAUAUUCUAACACGAUCCUCAUGCUAGGAAAGAUCAGUACACUUUAAAGUUACAUAGUGCUUAAAACCACCAAAAACCUCUGAUGUGAAAAAUGUCCAACAUCCCAGUCCCAUUUAUUUACAAUGUACCUCAUUGCCUACAGCUUUAGUUUCCGCAGGUGCUGAAAUCAAUCACGCAACAGACAUCUCAUUUAGAUCAUAACCUUGUUUUUCAGCUGAAAUAAUGGGCAUAUGCAGUACAUAAGAAAUGAAGCACAACCUCACUCAAGAAGGAUCUAUCAAUAUUCAACAGUGUUAUCUUUCACCACCUUGCUGAUUUAUGAAAACAGUACUUAUGAAAACCUGUUACUUUAAGCUGAGUUGUUUUCAAGCUGCCUGUUAAAACUUCUAAUUGUUUUUUUCUGUAAAAUUUAUUAUAGCAGAGUUCUGUACAGUAUUUUUCAGUAGAGUAGGUACAGUAACCACAAUUCUCUAUGAUGAAUGACUAAUGACGUUGUAUAUUGUAACUAAGAGUUUAUUUUUGUUUUGUCACAAUUUGUGAUUGCUGUAAUAAACCAUUUUUCCCAGUAUAAUUAAAAUAUCAUUGUUUUUCA